AUGGCCUCGUGCUCCAAGCUGGGCGAGUCGAGCGACAUCUCCGACGAAGCACUUCCCAAGCGGCUACGUCACUGCGGCAUCACAGCGAUGACGAGCAAGGUCACGGCUCCGGACUCAGCGAUCACGUGCUCAAGCUUACUAGAAGCCCCAAAGCCCAAGCACGGUGUCGUCUAUCUGCAUUUCAAACUGGAUGCGCUGCUUGACAAAGAUGCCUUAGACUGGAUGAACUCCAUCGGCGGACGCAAGAACGAGGAGCUGCGUGGCCUGCCCGAUGACGUGUGCGGCUCUUUUUCAAGGCUGCCCAUGAAGGUAGCAGUCGGCGCCCUGCCAUACUGCGGUGAGACUCUGUCCAAGAGCUCGAUGAACAAGGAGACGGACGCAACUAACUCUUACCACUCUUACCCUCAGUGA